AUGGCUAAAGAUAUGGAAGCAAACCCUGGCCAAAGUGAUACAGCUGAAACGAUUCGUGAAGAUACAAAUGACAUCGGCAGUGAAACAAAAGAGUUAGUCAUCGAAGCCAAAUCAAGUCUCGUCAUACUGAUUUGCGUGAUUUUGAUUAUGUCGUUACUAUCCAUUUUGUUGUCAACGUGGCUUGCAAAAACAAUUACUCAUACGCAAUCAUCUUUUGGUACAAUAUUAGGUCGAUAUUUUGGUUUCGAUCGAAACGAAACAGAGACAAGUUUAACAUGGUGGACGCCGUUACAUGCUCGAAUAGUCGAGAUGACAUCUCGAAAUUCUCCAAUAAAUAAAACUCAUUCAAAAACAGUAAAAACGUCAGCUUCAUCGAGACCCAUUCAAAUUCCUUACGACGAUUAUCCGAAAUUUCAUACGAUUGUUUUACCGUUAUUUUUUGUUGGCGCGAUUAUACUCGCUGUUUUAGCUUACUAUGCACGUAUUAAAUGUACGGAUCGUGGUUUUGCUUGGGGUGCUGUACCAAGUCUUCCAUUGGGACGUGUCGAUCCAAAAGCUGCAGUCGUAGUGGCAGCGACGGCUAUUAAAAUGAAAGAAGCUGAACCAGGUAUAGAUUAUACGAUUGUUCAGGGUUCGAAAGAAGAGCCAGUCGUAUUUGCACUGGCUGAUACGCUACAACCAUUGAAUGAAGAACGUGAGCCAGGUGUGAUUGUUGAUGAAGGAACUCAAUAUGAAAUUGAAGAUAUUCCAAAAGUUAUUACUCGUGUUUCAUCUGCACCUGAUCUUAAUUCGAAUGUUCAAACAGUUCCGUCAUCUGCAUCAUCUUCCAAUGAACAACACCAUAUGAUUGAACUAUUACAAAGACAACCGUUACCUACUCUAUCACCAUCUACAUAG